GUAUCCGUUGAUGAAAGUUGAAGCCUCACUUUUCCCAAUAUUCUCGCUUCUUUUCUUCUUUAAUUAUUUCAUCUCAUUUUUCAAUUCUCAAGCAAAGCAAAGCAAACACUUCAUUUCAUUUCAUCACAUUCACAUUUACAUUCUCGCGAUGGCAGCAUCCGCCACCUCCUCCGGCGGCGCGCUGCCGGAGCUAGCCAACCGAACCCCCUUUCUCGGCCUCAAGCUCUACGUCUUGUUCCUCAUUCUAGCUCUCAUGGUGGCCGCCGCGGUGGUCCUGAUCCUCCUCUGCGUUCGCCGGAGCCGGAGCUCGAAGAAACACAAAAUGCGUGUGAAGCACAGCUCCGGCGCGAUCCCACUGGUCUCCAAGGAGAUCGUGGAGGUGAAUACUCUGGACCUGAAAAUCGAAGAGGAGGAUCCGAAGAAGAACGUUGAGAUUGAAGAAAGUGCGUCGGUGGAAUCGCCCAACAUAGGGUGGGGACGCUGGUAUACCCUCGACGAGCUUCACACCGCCACUCAAGGCUUUGCAGAAGAGAAUGUCAUCGGAGAAGGAGGCUAUGGGAUUGUCUUCAAAGGACUUCUCCUCGACGGUUCUGUCGUCGCUGUCAAAAAUCUUCUCAACAACAAGGGUCAGGCAGAGAAAGAGUUUAAGGUGGAGGUUGAAGCAAUUGGAAAAGUGAGGCAUAAGAAUUUGGUGGGGUUAGUUGGAUAUUGUGCAGAAGGUGCUCAAAGGAUGCUUGUUUAUGAAUACGUUGACAAUGGAACACUGGAGCAGUGGCUGCAUGGUGAUGUAGGACCUGUUAGCCCCUUGACAUGGGAUAUACGAAUGAAGAUUGCUGUUGGGACUGCGAAAGGGCUAGCAUAUUUGCACGAAGGCUUGGAACCGAAAGUUGUUCACCGAGAUGUAAAAUCCAGUAACAUUCUUUUGGACAAAAUGUGGAAUGCUAAAGUAUCCGACUUUGGACUGGCCAAACUCUUGGGGUCUGAGAAAAGCUAUGUGACAACGCGUGUAAUGGGGACAUUUGGAUAUGUUUCACCUGAGUAUGCAAGCACGGGUAUGCUUAAUGAGGGAAGCGAUGUGUAUAGUUUCGGGAUUCUACUUAUGGAGCUAAUUACAGGAAGAAGUCCCAUUGAUUAUUCUAGACCACCCGGAGAGAUGAACUUGGUUGAUUGGUUUAAGGGAAUGGUAGCAAGUCGUCGUGGUGAAGAUCUAGUUGAUCCUUUAAUUGAGAUUCAGCCCUCUCCAAGAUCUUUGAAGAGAGCUUUACUAGUUUGUCUGCGCUGUAUAGACUUGGAUGUCAGUAAGCGACCAAAGAUGGGUCAAAUUGUUCACAUGCUUGAGGCUGAUGAUUUUCCCUUUCGCUCUGAGCAUCGAACAAAUCGAGAGAAAGAGCAUGUUCAUUCUAAAGCAGCUGCUUCCAUUAAGAUUCCAUAUCCAACAAGGCAUGUGGAACCUCUAGAUAAAUCAAGCUGGAGAUGAUUGUGCGCUUUGCUGCUCAUGGGAGUUCAAACUAUUUGUUCAAAUGAUUUUCAAUUUGUUAUGAAAGUCAGAAGCCAUUGUGCAUAUAUCCUAUUACAGCGUAGGUACUUCUAUCUCUGUAGGUGUCAACAUAUUUUGCUUUAUGGCAUGAUCUUGUGAAGAAAUGGACCUUGUAAAUAUGAAUUUCCCACAACAUAUAAAUUUGAUCAGUUUGCAUGAGAUUAUAUUUCUGCUGUAUUGCUGAUAUUUACUCAGGGAUAUUCUCGUUUGUGCUUCAUAUAAUAUAUUUGGUUCGGGUA